AUGGGUGGUCGUAACAAAUUUCAAGACAUUACCCAUAAUUUAAGAAAAUUCAUAAGAUUUACUUAUUUAAAAGAACUGGUUCUGAACCCCUCAAAGUUACCAUUCACCGCAUUUGUCAUUAUCGUUGCUGAAUUAAUCCUCAACAUUCUGAUUGUAGAAAAAGUGCCCUAUACAGAAAUAGACUGGAAAGCAUAUAUGCAAGAAUGUGAAGGAUUUCUAAAUGGCACCCUUGACUAUAGCAAACUACGUGGUGAUACAGGUCCACUAGUCUACCCAGCAGGUAUCUACUUGUUACAACUGUAUUUUGUACUCAGAAUUUAUAUUAAAACUAAUAAAGUUCCACCAUAUGUUCUUUUGAUUACAAUUUUAACUUCUUAUAGAAUACAUUCAAUUCAUGUUUUAAGGUUAUUUAAUGAUCCAAUUGCUGUUCUCUUUCUGUACAUAUCACUUAAUUACUUUUUAGAAUCGAAAUGGUCUUUAGGUAGCAUUUUUUACAGCUUAGGUGUUUCUAUCAAAAUGAAUAUACUUCUGUAUGCACCAGCUUUAUUCUUCUUUUAUUUGAUAAAUUUGGGUUUGAAAGAAACGGUUAAGCAAAUUUUUUUGUGUGGUAUCAUACAGAUAUUUUUAGGAUUACCAUUUUUAUUAGUAGCACCGGUUUCUUAUUUGAGAGGAAGUUUUGAUUUAGGCCGUGUGUUCAAUCACACUUGGACAGUUAAUUAUAGAUUUCUUGAUGUUAAGAUUUUUGAAAAUCCAUAUUUCCAUCUAACUUUAUUUAGCAUCCACAUUUUAUUGCUAAUAAUAUUUUUACCAAUGUGUGUUAAAUAUUUCAAAAGUUACUGUAGAUUGGAAUAUGUGCAGAAGCAGGUUCAACCACAAAUAGAUGCCAAAAAUAUUGAAACUAAAAAGAGAUUCAGAGGUAAAAAAGAUAACAAAAUAAAACUCCAAGAAAAUAAUGAGGAAAAGCUAACAAAAGACCAAGAGCAAUUCUUAAAUUCUUUUCAAACUAUCCUACAAAAGGCCUCAAAUAAAAAUGGAAAGAAAAAGAAAGUUUUGAAUGAACAAGAUGAUGAUGUCCACUAUAGCAUUAACUUUGAUGUUAUAUCACAACUAUUUAUUUUACCUAUGUUUCUAAUAAACUUUAUUGGUAUUGUUUGUGCUAGGAGUCUCCAUUAUCAAUUCUAUUCAUGGUAUUUUCAUAGCUUGCCUUAUCUAUUAUGGUCUACAAAUAUUUCAGUUGUUGUUAGAUUUUUAAUUCUAGCUUUAAUUGAAUUUUGUUGGAAUACCUACCCAAGUACUAACUUUACAAGUGUAAUGUUACAUAUUUGUCAUGUAACUAUUCUUUACAAUAUUUAUAAAAAGACAUCAGCAGAGUUAAACAUGGUAUCUAAAAUGAAUUAA